CUCAGCCAGAUUAUCACGCUGAAUUUUCACCCAAUUUCCACAAUUUAUUUCCAAACUUAGAAGUUGAACUAGGCUCGUCCAAAAGUGGCCAGAUAGGUCAAGUAGCAUCUAGAAUUUGAUAAUGUCGGGUUCAUAUCCGCCACCAAUUCUUCCUAAGCCUCCAGUCGGCCUUCCUUUCAUAGCACCUAAACCAAAUAUGCCAGGUCAGGGUGUGAAUGGAAGUCAGUCAGGCUCUAACAGUCUCGAAGAAAAACGGCAGAAUGGAGGUAGCCCGAACCGAAGAACCGAUGCCGAAAUGUUUGAUUUAGAAAGUGAAAUUGCUAGAAGGACAAGUCAGCGAAAGCGGCCUAAAGUUGAAUACACAGAAGUAGAUGUAAAGUUAGCAAACUUGACAGAUGAGGAAAUGUCAGAUGACGAAAUCAUCAGAACCACUACAAGGGCAUCACCAGUUCCUCCACCUAUGGAGGCCGAAGAGCCACGAGAAGUAGAAGAGGAAGACGAAGAAGAAGAUGUACCUGAAGGACUCGAGGGUGCAGCAUUCCAGAGUAGAUUGCCAUUUGACAAGAUGACAUCACAAGAGGCAUCGUGUUUCCCAGAUGUCUCUCAGGGCCCUCCCCCAGUCCAGAAACAAUUUCUAUACAUCAGGAAUAGAAUGCUACAACUAUGGGUUGAAAAUCCACGACAGCAGAUGACUUUGGAACAUGCAAUGUCACAGUUGGAACCUCAGAAUAGUGAUCCAAAACUUGCAGCAAGAGUCCAUGCCUUCCUUUCACGAUAUGGCUUGAUAAACUUUGGAAUAUACAAGGUUCUUAAAAUGCCUGCAGCAUUAAAAAAGGCACCCAAAGUGAUAGUUGUUGGUUCAGGAAUCUCUGGUUUGGCAGCUGCCCGACAGUUACAGUCUUUUGGAAUUGAUGUCACAAUUGUAGAAGCAAGGGAACGUGUUGGAGGAAGGGUUGCAACAUUCCGUAAAGGCCAGUACAUUGCAGAUCUUGGGGCCAUGGUACUCACUGGGUUAGGGCCCACUGGAAAAGAAGGCCAACAGCCGGCUUGCUGCUGUGAGGGUACCCAAAGAGAAAGAUGAGAUGGUGGAAAGGGAGUUCAACAGGUUGCUGGAGGCCACCUCCUAUCUGUCACAUCAAAUUGACUUCAACUACAUGAACAGCAAACCUGUGUCUUUAGGUCAUGCCCUGGAACUUGUGAUCAAAAUGCAAGAGAGACAUGUAAAGGAGCAGCAGAUCGAACACGCCAAAAAGAUUCUCAAUAUUCAAGAGCAACUUAAGGCUAACUUGGCCCAGAUGGUGCAGACGAAGGAGAAAGUCAAGCAAACCCAUAAGGAGUACCAAGAAGCCCUGAAAGUCAAGGAACCAAGGGAUGUUACAUCAGAGUUUUUGGUGAAAAGCAAGUUAAGAGACCUGAAUGCCCUGUGCAGGGAAUAUGAUGAAAUGGCAGAGGAACAGCUUCGUAUUGAUGAAAGACUUGAAGAACUUGAGGAUAACCCACCAAGUGAUGUUUACCUAUCAUCGAGAGAUCGACAGAUCCUAGACUGGCAUUUUGCUAAUCUAGAGUUUGCAAAUGCAACUCCCUUGACAUCACUGUCUUUGAAACACUGGGACCAGGAUGAUGAUUUUGAGUUCAGUGGCAGUCACAUGACUGUACGUAAUGGCUAUUCCUGUCUCCCUGCUGCUUUGGCUGAAGGACUUGAUAUCAGACUCAACACUGCAGUGAGACAUGUCCGCUAUACCAGAACUGGUGUAGAAAUAGUCACUCAGAGCACAAGCAAGUCAUCAAUCACCACAACACAGACAUUUAAGGGAGAUGCUGUGUUGAUAACACUUCCUCUUGGAGUGCUCAAAAGCCAUCCAUCAGGUGUGCAGUUUCACCCUCCCCUCCCAGAGUGGAAGACUGCUGCUAUACACAGAAUGGGCUUUGGAAAUUUAAACAAGGUGGUUCUUUGCUUCGAUCGAGUGUUCUGGGAUCCAAACACCAACCUAUUUGGUCAUGUUGGAAGUACGACAGCAAACCGUGGUGAGCUUUUCUUGUUUUGGAAUCUCUACAAGUCACCAGUGCUUAUUGCUUUAGUGGCUGGCGAAGCUGCCAACAAGCUGGAGAAUGUGUCUGAUGAAAUUAUCGUUGGAAGUGCUAUUGCAGUCUUAAAAGGAAUAUUCGGGAGCAGUGCAGUUCCUCAGCCCAAAGAGACAGUUGUAACGAGGUGGAAGUCAGAUGAGUGGUCUCGAGGUUCGUACUCCUUUGUGGCUGCUGGCUCUUCUGGAAAUGACUAUGAUCUCAUGGCUUCUCCAGUGGCACCUCCAGUGGUAUCAGGAAUGCCCCCAGGCAAUCCUGCUCCACCCAAUCCUCCCAGAGUGUUCUUUGCAGGGGAGCAUACAAUCAGGAAUUAUCCUGCCACAGUACAUGGAGCUCUUUUGAGUGGCUUGAGAGAAGCUGGCAGAAUUGCUGACCAGUUUUUGGGACUUCCCUAUGAAGUGAACAGAAUUGGGCAGCCACCCAUGACACAGGCCUAAAAGCCCUCAAAGAAGUCAAUCUGUCCUGGAAAGGUGAUAGGGUGGUCAAGUUUAAGUUCCAGCUUCUAUAGUGUGAAUUUUGUCAUCAAAAAGUACAAACCUUGUUUACUUUGUUAUGGUUUGAAGGCCAGUAUGCUGUUACUGCCUGUCUUGUUUGGCUGUCGAUCAGAGACUUGAUGUACAUAUAGUUUUGUUAUACAUAUAGUUUUGUCAUACAGUAUUGAACAUCUUCAAAAAUUAACUAUAUCAUAACAACCAGUAAGUUUUGAGGAAGUUUGAUGUUAUUAUCUGGGACAUUAAUUUUUUAUAUCUAGCUAAGUCCACCAUCCUCUCAUUGACUACAUCUCCUGACACUUUUUUUUCAAUCAUCUUAUUGAUCAAUGUACACUGUGAUGGAAAAAUUUUAAAUAGUAUUUUGAAACUAUGAAAGAAAAAAGGUUUUAUUUGGUAGGACUAACCCACACUUUCAACAACUUUUUUUUGUUGUUUGUUGUUUUAAUGUAAACAAAAAACUUCCUUAAUUGGAAACUUUCUGAUAGUUUGUUAUUAACAAUUUCAACCUUUGUUAGAUGAUUAUGAAAAUGUACAUGUAAAAAACAUUCUCUUUCCUUUUCACAUUACAUCAUUCUUGGAAAUAUAGAUUAAUAUUUAUUGCAAAUAAAAAUAUUGAAAUUGA